AUGUCAGCAACUACUACUGAUAUAGCAAAAUCAAGCUCUCAUUAUCCUAAAAAACAAAGAAAAAUAGACAGUUUUUUUAACCAUUCCAUUGCAACAACAGUCCCUAAUCAGAAUGAACAAUUUGACCCUGAGGAUAUCUUUUAUGACACCACUUUACCUGAUCACUCUACAUCAGUAACAAAUAGUAUCUCAGCAGCAAAAUCAAAAGUACCUGUACAGGCAGAAUGUGUUUCUCAAGUCACACAUACAUCGUUACCUUUUGAUCAGAUCAUCUCCAAAGAUUUUGCACCUUUUGGACAGUGGUACAAAGGCUUCAAACUUGAUGCUGCUUGGUUGCAAAAACACCAUUCAGAACUGAAAGCAAUAAAACUGGGUUCUCGUAAAGGUCUAAAAUUCAAACUGUGCUACGAUAACAUUUCUGAAGCUAAAAAGUAUGUUCGAAAUGGUACUGUCCCAAUAGCUGAUGUUGCUGUACACAAUGAUUCAGUAACCAAAACGCUGUCAGCUUGGUCUUGGCCAAGUCGUUCACUAGCACAAAUGCAUGCAGAAAACCAAGUUAAGCAAUACAUUGAUCACGGUCUUGAUUGUAACUUUGUGGCGUUUAAUCCACCCCAGUCAGCAUUGCAUUACAGAAAUCCUGACCGGUACAGAGAGAUAUUAUCAUUUGUGUCCAAGCAUGAAUUGAGCAGAGUUAUUCAAGCAUUGAAAAUCGCAUACUGUGUCGCCCUGCAAAUUGAGAAAUCUGUUGAUAAAUACAAUGCUGACAGUCUGUUUGUUACUGCUCGACACAUGGACAACACUAAUUUUGAGAUGAAAGAUAGUUUUCUUGGCGAAUGCCACAGUGAGUUAAGAGGAGUAAUUGGGAUGGUCGAUGCUUUGCAGAAACGUUUCCAGUAUCUUGAAAUUGAAGAUGUCAUUAAAGCAAAGAUGGUGGGUCUUACGACAGAUGGGGAAAAUUCAAAUACUGGACGUCACGGAGGGUUGUGGGUAAAAAUGUCUGAGUAUUUAGGGCACAACAUGUUGACAUUUUGGUGCAUAGCUCACAGAUCUGACCUGGCUUUUGAAAGCGUUGAAAACGUGGUUCCGGAGUUUCGUCAUUGGUUAACAGAUGUAAAAAAUGUCGCUACUUAUUUUCGUGGAUCAAGCUACCGACAAGAAAAACUGCAUGAAAUUGCUGCAAGUUUGGGUGAGACUGCUAAACAUUUUCCACGGCAUCAUGAAGUUCGUUUUGCGGAACACCUUGCCAAUGUUGUACUUGCAGUUCUGUCUAAUCAUCAGAUGAUGUGCGCUUACAGGAAGACAGUUGUACAACAAGGUGAAAAUAAUGAAAAGCAAAGAGCAAGAGAUGGAGGAAAAGAAGUAUAUCUUGCGAUUUACAAAAAAGAAGCUCAACGCACGUUUGUUACCUUGGCUGAUUUAAUGCAAAAACACGACCACGUACUUCAGCGUCUUUCCAUGAUGGUAAACAGUCCAUAUCCUGGGGGAUAUGAAGAAAAAAAUUUUGAAGCAGUGCGUCUUGAGGUAAUCACAUGUGCAAAAAACUUCCUUGAGAGAAGGUUGGAUGUCGAUCAGGAUUUACAAGUAAAGGCAAUGAUAGAUGUUGCCAAUGCUGAAAAUGCUGAAGCAAUGAUCAAAGCCGCUGGUUCAAACAUUUCUUAUAACUUGCCCUCACAGCAUGAUCACGGAACGGGUAAUUUCAUGCCAUACAGAAUUAAAAAGCGACCUUCGAUCAUCUAUGUCGAGAAAUACUGUGAAUGA